UCCAUAGAUCUUGGAACUUGGAAAUAUACCUUCUAACACAACAAAUAUGGCAAGUAAGAAUAAAUCAUCCCUCAAAAAUAUUGCAUUCUAGAAAGACCAAGAAAAUGGGCUUUAACAUUCUCAAAAUCCCACCCUUUUCAUCAUCCAUAACCACCACCACUAAAAAUUUGAUUCCCAAAAAUUGUUCUUCUUACCCCAACAAUCCCAUAAAAUAUUCAAUACCCACUUCCUUAACUGCAUCAAAGUUUCAAUCUUUAGGAUCAAAGUCAUAUAAUCUCCCUUUUUUGUCAACUGGGUCUUGUGGGAAAUUGCAUCAAUUAAACAAAAGAAAUUUGAAUUUGUCAACCAUGGCUGCAACACCUGGUUCAGUGCAGAAAUCAGAGGAAGAAUGGAGGGCAAUUCUCUCUCCUGAGCAAUUCAGGAUUCUCAGGGAGAAAGGAACUGAAUACCCAGGAACAGGAGAAUAUAACAAAUUUUUUGAGGACGGAAUCUACAAUUGUGCAGGAUGCAAUACUCCUCUCUAUAGAUCAACAACAAAAUUCAACUCUGGUUGUGGAUGGCCAGCUUUCUAUGAGGGACUUCCCGGAGCAAUUAGCCGCACUCCCGACCCUGAUGGAAGGAGGGUUGAGAUCACAUGCACAGCCUGUGGCGGACAUCUUGGUCACGUCUUCAAAGGUGAAGGAUUUCCAACGCCUACCGAUGAACGCCAUUGUGUUAACAGCAUUUCGAUAAAGUUUGUUCCUCCUCAGUGAUUAUAUGGCCUAUUUAAUCAGUCUUGAAUAAGUGUACUGUUACUCUUGUCUUUGUGUUUUUUUAGUCAAGAAUUCUCUAUGUUUUGAUUUAGAGGGAUCACAUUGUGUAUAUUGUGAUUUGUGUUUGUAACUUCAUGCGACUCGUUUAACAACUGUGUACUGCUUCUGUUUGGAAUGAUCGAUCAUCGACUAUCUGGAGCCUGGAGGGUUUACUGUUUCUCGAUGAUCUAAUCUAAUGACUUUUAUGAUUUA